CUUCAAACAAGUGUUUAUGUUUACUAUCAACGCGAGUAAUAUUUUGAAACAUUCUAGUUUUAGUGCCUAAUUUAUUGCGAAAGGAAAAAAUCCCACCAAAAUGUUGCGUAAAAUGUCCAACAACCUGCUAAACACCCUCUCCAAGCGAAGCUUCAUAUCGCUGAACCAUCCACGCCUGAGCAGCGCCCACCUUCAGCCGGAACCUGCGCCGUCGUCUCGAUCCGAGGAAGAACAACAACAACGCCGUCACAAAAGCAACCGCCACAGCCGGGUCACCGUUCCGGUGCUCGCGGCCAGCUCCUUCCUGUCGUGGUUCACCAAAAAAAGCGACGAGGACAGCCCGGAGAGUCAACUGAUUACGGCGAUCAAAAUGUCCAUCCUGAACAUCCAGCGGGAAGAGUACAAAAAGGCGGAACAGAUGCUGCACGUGGCACUGAAGAUGGCCCAGGAUCUGCAGAGCAAGGACGGCGUUACGUACAUCUAUGACAUAAUGGCCAAUUUGGCAAUGGAGGUGGGAGACUUUAAAAAGGCCGAGAAGCUGUUUGCGAACGUGAUGCAGCGGCUGUUCGCAGAUGGGUUCGUCGAGGACCACAUCAAAAUGCUUCACAUCAGCUCCAAGAUCGCGCACAUAGCUCAACUGCAGGGUCACCUGGACAAGGCGCUGCAGGGCUUCGAGUGGACGCUGGCCAAGCUGGAGGAGAAUCUCAAAAAGGUCGGCGAAGACAAGGAGAUCCGCGAGCUGUGGGGAAUCACCAAAAACUGGUACGCGCUAGCGCUGAUGGAGCUGAAACGCUUCGCCGAGGCGAAAACGUGCUUCAUUGAGGCGUACGACGCGUACACGGAGAUCCACGGCAAGCUCACCGAGGAGGGACUGACGAUACUGAACAACCUGAGUGUGGCCUGCUCAAAUCUGGAAGACUACGCGUCCGCCGAGCGGUACCUCAAGGAAGCGAUCUCGCUGGCCGCCCAACUGCCGGACCUGACCGAGGUUGGGGUGUACAAAGCGAACCUGGGGCUGCUUUACCUGCAGCAAGGGCUGCUCAAGCAAGCCACCGAGUUUUGCUCGUUCGCGUGGAAGUACGGCAAGCAGCACCAGCACGAGGAAACGGUGACGCAGGCCAACUAUUGCCUCGAGCAGAUUAGGGCGUAUCAAAAAUAAGCUAUGGUAUUUGGAAUUGUGUAAAUUAUUAUGACUAGUGACGGACCAGUUGCAGCGAGUAUUCAAGAUUGUUGAUUGAUUUUUAAAUUGUUGAUGUUGUCCAUAUUUGGGGAAAAUAAAAAAAAAUGUUUCGAUUGGAUCA